AUGGAUGCCGGCUCCGCCUCCGCUUCCUCGUCCUUCACCUGCGACGCAGAGGACCUUCCCCUGCGCCUGCAAUUUUACGACGACGACGACCACCAAGACCAUCAGGCUCCUCCCGACACGGUGCCCCUCCUCCUGCCUAUCAAGAUCAUGGACGCCGCCGACGAGAAGGGAGAGACGCCCCAAAUCUCCGAGGAUACCGCCCACCAGAUUAGCGUUGAUCCUUGGUAUCAAGUUGGUUUCGUCCUCACAACCGGGGUCAACAGCGCAUAUGUUCUAGGAUACUCUGGAUCGAUUAUGGUCCCUUUAGGCUGGAUCGGCGGCACAUGCGGCCUCCUCCUAGCUGCCGCCAUUUCCAUGUAUGCUAAUGCUCUUCUUGCACGGCUUCAUGAAGUCGGUGGCAAACGCCAUAUAAGAUACAGAGAUCUUGCUGGACACAUAUAUGGACGGAAAAUUUACGGACUUACAUGGGCUCUGCAGUACAUUAACCUUUUCAUGAUCAACACUGGCUUUAUCAUCUUAGCUGGACAAGCUCUCAAGGCAACAUAUGGACUCUUUAGUGAUGCUGGAGUUCUGAAACUCCCUUACUGCAUUGCAAUAUCAGGAUUCGUCUGUGCUCUUUUUGCGUUUGGAAUCCCUUAUUUAUCUGCCCUCAGGAUUUGGUUGGGAUUCUCCACACUUUUCAGCCUCAUCUAUAUUGUGAUAGCAUUUGUGCUGUCAUUGAGAGAUGGGAUAACCUCGCCUGCGAGGGAUUAUAGUAUUCCAAAAUCAUCACAUUCAACUCAUGUCUUCACUACAAUAGGUGCCGUAGCAGACCUUGUGUUUGCUUACAACACAGGUAUGCUGCCAGAAAUUCAGGCGACCAUAAGGCCUCCUGUGGUCAAGAACAUGGAGAAAGCUCUAUGGUUCCAGUUCACCGUUGGCUCCUUGCCUCUCUAUGCUGUAAUCUUUAUGGGUUACUGGGCUUAUGGUUCCUCAACAUCAGGUUAUCUGCUAAACAGUGUCACAGGCCCAGUUUGGGUAAAAGCCGUUGCAAAUCUGUCAGCAUUUUUUCAGACCGUCAUAGCGCUGCAUAUAUUUGCUAGCCCAAUGUAUGAAUUCUUGGACACAAAAUAUGGAAGUGGGCGUGGUGGUCCUUUUGAAAUCCACAACGUAAUGUUCAGAGUAGUAGUGAGAGGAGGCUACCUGACGGUGAACACGCUGGUGGCGGCGGUGCUCCCAUUCCUUGGUGACUUCAUGAGCCUGACGGGCGCCCUGAGCACCUUCCCACUGACGUUUGUGCUCGCAAAUCACAUGUACCUGAUGGUGAAGGGGCCUAAGCUGUCUGCCAUCCAGAAAUCAUGGCAUUGGCUGAAUGUUGUUGGGUUCACUGCAUUGGCUGCUGCUGCGGCGGUUUCAGCAAUAAGGCUCAUCAUGCUUGAUUCCAGCACCUACCACUUUUUCGCUGAUCUUUGA